AAACUUUACAUUCAUCAUUCUGGAUCGUCUUUCUCUGUUCACUGUAAUGUUCGAGUCUACUGGGUUUGCGGACAACUGUUUAAUGAUGGGAGAACACCUAACAGAACAAAUCUAAAAACACCAACUGAUGUUUGAAACCGACGGAAAGGUGCCUCCAGGUCGUUAAUUGGGGGCUUACGUCAUCUGAUUUCUGCUCAGAAGGGAUGUGUUACCCUUGAAGGAGUUUCAAAAGCAAGGACUGGAACUUACUGGAUUCUUAAGCUCUCAGGUAAUGAAUUACUCAGCUGCGUGCACACUCCAAACCUCGCCCUAUGAUAGUUCCAGAGAUUAAGGAGGGACAUUCUCCCAUAUUUUUUGAGCAGUGGUGGUCAGAGAGUGUGUAAAUUCACCGUCUGCUAGGGUGAGGUGCUUGUUACGGGACCUGUACUGUUUUGUGGAGAUCUGAGAACAACGUGUGUAGAAACGAUGGCUGAGGGGGUGUGCGAGCUCAUUGGCUUUUGGCUGGGCGUCGUGGGUCUGAUCGGCGCUUCAGCUGUGACGGGUCUCCCCAUGUGGAGGGUGACUGCGUUCAUCCAGGAGAACAUCAUUGUCAUGGAGACGCGCUGGGAGGGUUUAUGGAUGAACUGCUACCGCCAGGCAAACAUCCGCAUGCAGUGCAAAGUGUAUGACUCACUGCUCUACCUGCCACCGGAACUCCAGGCUGCCCGGGGUCUUAUGUCCUGCUCUGUGGCAUUGAGCUUCCUAGGACUGGUGGCCUCCCUGCCAGGUUUGCGCUGCAUUUCCUGUUUUUCUGAUCAACCACGAAUCAAAUCUCUCUGCAUCAUAGUCGCCGGCUCAAUGGAGAUCAUGGCUGCCAUUUGUGUCCUCAUUCCGGUCUCCUGGACGGCGAAUUCGAUCAUUCGGGACUUUUACAACCCGCUGUUAAUCGAUGCCCAACGCAGGGAGCUCGGUGAAGCUCUUUUCAUCGGCUGGGUCACAGCAUUCAUCCUCGUUUGCUCUGGCGUCGUCUUCCUCGCAUGCCGGAGCAACCAGUCGAAUCGAUCCUACCAGCCUGUCUACCCUAAACCAUUCAACUUCCCGCACGUCAUUCCAACCCCAAUCGGCUCAAUUUCCCACCAGCCUUUACUUUUGAGCCACAGCUUUUCCUCUCAGCAGCCGUCUCCUUUGGCAUACAGCAUCUCUGGAGCACCUCCUGGUGGCCAAGCUUCACUCUACAACGUUCCCGUGGUGUAUCCUGCUAACAUGAUGCCUGUUCAGCAUCACUUGCCAAUGCACAGCUCGCACAACUCGCCAGUUGUUUCCAUACCAAUAAGACACCUCAAUUCCAGCAUACACUCUGCCCACCUCCAAUCCAUACCUCCAACUGCAGGGUUUGAUGGGACCAUGGUCAGUACAAGGAACACAGGAUCACACCAUUCCUUCAGCACCCACUCAAGUUCGGGAGUAUAUAUCUGAACAAGUGUAAUGUAAUCAUAUUUUGAUAUUAUAUGAAAUUAUAAUUGUCAUACCAAUAGAAAGUUUAGGGGAUUCAGAGUUACACAGCUGCUCAAGCUGUUUUUCUCCAAUUUGUCUCAAGAAUAAUCUUUGCCUUUGAGCCUACCAGUGUGCGAGAUGAAGUUUUUCAACAUUUCAACAUUGAUGCAUCGUUUGCUAAAAAUUGCUUCUUCUUUUUACAUUGUUUUUUUUUUUUUUGGCUAUUAUAAUUUUGGUUGCCAAAUAUUCUGUCCAUCCUGAAUCCACAUUGGCUUCACAGUGACACACUUUCCCAGACAAAUUGUGCAUUUGCGCCCCGGCAAUAUAUUUAUCGCAACUUCUAUUAUACCAUUUAAAAUAUUUACGAUAUGAGACUUAGCAGAUAUUCAAAACUUACCCUCGAUAGGAAGAACUUUUAAAUGCAAAUAUUUUAACUGGUUUCUUCUACACAUUCACUGCAAAAAGCCCCUUCAGAUGUGGGGAUUGAUGCUAAAAAUUCUCCUCCAUUAUUAAACUAAAUUGGCACCAGGUGUCUUGAAGUCUGUCUGAUGCAAAUUUUCGAAGUGCGAUUUGAUUGGACAGGAAGCAUGGGACUGAGAAUUCUCAUUAGCCAAUCACGUUGACAUCUAAAGUAGCGUAAUCAAGAAAAAGUACACUGCAUAAAGUUUUGUUAACAUUUGUCACUUUAUACCACUGUGCAUUAGCAAAAGUGUCCCCUCUUUAAAAAAAAAUUAAAAGGGAUAAAAAAUAUGGACUGGAAAGUAUUGAAUUUUUCAUUGUACCUCACUGUCCUUGUUGUAUAGUUCACAUGAUUAAAUAACCAAUCAGUGCAUAUUUAACAAUAUAGCAUUCUAGACUACUACUUCUUCUUCUUCUUUCGACUGCUCCCAUCAGGGGGCGCCACAUCGGAUCAUCCGUCUCUAUACCCCACCUGUCCUCUACAUCUGCCUCUUUCACACCAACUACCUGCAUGUCUUCCCUCACCACAUCCAUGAACCUCCUCCAUGGCCUUAAAGCACCAACCCGAACCUCCACUCUCCUCCACUUCUCUUUUUCCUGCCGUCCCUGUCGACGUCUUUCCUCCUCCCUUUCUCCUUCCAACGAUGUCAAAUAAUGAAGUGUUAUUCAUCGUCGUCUCUAAUCGUUCAGAAAGAACACAAAGUGAUCGAUCUACAGUAUGUUAAAAAUAGUUUGCUCCAUUUUAUUAGCCAAUUAGCCAAAGCUGGGGAUCUGAGUGAGGACCACUCGCUUCAUCUGAAGAUGGUUCCACUGGACAGUCUGCAUCGAUGACCAAGGACUGUAAUUGCCACGGAAAGUUUUGCGCUGAUCGAUCAGUGAACAGUUCAUAACCUCAAUAAUGAUGGAAGUCUAACAAAUGGACAUUCGUUGACCCCCGGAUGAGAAUGAUGUAAUAAUAAUAGGGGAUGAAUAAACUUAUAGGGGCUCAUUUAUGAAUUUGAA